AUGGCCAUUUGGAGCAACCAUCAGGUGCCAUGUCCUGGGAUGAAGCGUGCGUGCAAGGCUGGUUGCACUGUGGGUCCACAGCUCUCAUUGUUCUCCCAGUCUGGCUUUUGGGGAGAACUGGGCAAAAACUGGCUGUUUGCAUCGAGCUUUCAAGCCCUGUCCGUGAUGGGGCAGACGUGCCAACACGGACGCAAUGCACACGAGUCCGUGCAAGAACGUGAGAGUGAUGGUUCGUUCAGAAGCCGUAAGACUGCUAAGUUCCCUGAAUGCCUGGCCGCCGAAUUCGCAUUGCACAUCAGGCCGCUUCUUGCUGGUGCACAGCUUGAACACACCCUUGCCACAGCGUCGGCGUUGGUACCUGUCAAGGCCCUGGACGUUGGACCGUGGGUGAUCCACGAUGGGGUGCAAGAUGCGCGCAAAGACUUCUUCUCCUGCCUAGGUGUGGCGACGGAUGCAAAUACAUGGGAGGUCCGUGAGCAUCAACCUUUGCAUCUGCAUGCGCUUGAGGCACUUGCCUGUUUUUGUGGUGAUCCGGAUGUGAGUCUUUGCAAAUCCCUUUUGCAAGGCAUCCCCACGGGGUAUAACAACGAUAUCCCGGUGUCAAAUUGUUUUUGGCCGAAUCAGAAGGAGAACUUGGAGGAUGUAUCACUUUCCAUCCACAUGCAGAAUUGGCGCUCGGCCUCAGUUGAUCCGUCAGUGACUCAGGCUUUGCUGCAGGAGGAAAUUGAUCAGGGUUUUUGCUUCAAGUUUGAUGGCGAUAUUGAAGCAGCUAAAGCAAAAUGGCCGGGUGCACUGGCGAUAGGGAAGUUAUCAGUGGUUCGUGCGCCAAAUCGAUCGGAAAGGUUGGUCUUAGAUAACUCAGUUUGUGGCACGAAUGCAAGUUGCAGCGUUCCGGAAGUCCAGCACAUGCCAUCAGUCAGGGACGUGAUGCACUGUUUUCCCCUGCGGGGCACUCGCUCGCGGCAAGCUGCCAUAUCUCUUGACGUCAAAAGUGCUCACAAACGCUGUGUUGUCAAGGAGUCAGAGCAGGGUCUCCUAGGCUUCGCUUUUGCAGAUUCCCUGUACUUCUAUCGCGUGGCCCCAUUCGGGGCGGUCUUUGCACAGCAUUGGUUCUGGGGGUACCUUUGA